UUCGUGUUUGUCCCAACAGGAGCACAUUCUUGUGUGUGUGCGCGCAAGUAUGGAGAAGUCUACACUUUGUGCAUUGCUUUUAGCACUCGGUGCAUUUGUGCAAUUUAACACAGUUUUCACUCAGGAUUCUAAAAGCAAAGUAACAGGGAUUCUCCCAAAAGCGGGCCAAUGCCCUCGUCUACUUAAAGUGGUGCCAUCACAUAAAGGGUGUGCGUGUGAUGAAGACUGUCCCGAGGACCACAAGUGUUGCGUCUUUGACUGUGGAGCUGUCUGUGUCCCUCCUUCUUUCACUAAAGCGGGAGUGUGUCCUCGUAGAAACUGGGGCUUUGGGGUGUGCGCUGAGUUUUGCUCUGACGACAGUGACUGUCCCAAUGAGGAGAAAUGCUGUCACAACGGAUGUGGACAUGAGUGCAUUGCACCUUACAAAGUGAAGCCAGGCCGCUGCGCGUUGCCCCAAGGAACUCCCAUGUGCGCAGAGUACUGCUACCAUGACGGCCAAUGUCCAGGGGAGCAGAAAUGCUGCAGGACAACCUGUGGUCACGCCUGCAGUGAGCCUUGCUGAGUGGACAACAAUCAACUUCAGUGCAGCAACAGAUGGAGCAAGGAGGAAAUGCAUUUUCGUUUUUUGUUUUUUUUCUUGAAAAUAUAUUGAGGUCGGUCCUCCAAUAACCAUCUGCCUCUUUAACGGUGGCCACGUAAUAAGGGUAUUUUAGAUUUUUUUAAAUUUUUACAUUAAGCACGCAACAUUUCCAGUGUGAUAUUUGUAAAUAUUGAAUACAGUUAGAAAUGAGAAAUGUGUUGCAUGUUGCAUCACUAAGAAUGCAUUAGCAUAUGAUUAUACAUGUGUCUAUGAAGCCUGCUCUUUUAAACAGCUUUAGACACAACGGUACAUGAAUGAGAGCAGUCAGAGGCAAGUAAUCCAAUUCAAACAUUGAUGCACUUUACUAAUGUGACCAUCUUUUCUCAGCUCAAAUAAAAUUGUCAUUUGGUCCCUUUAAA